AUGCCUGAAAGUCAAAGGAAAUCCAGCGAAAGCCACAGUGGCGGCGGCGGCAGCUCCAGCACUGGCACUUCCAUUGCCUGCUUUGGACAGUAUCAGUAUACAGCAAAUGAAUACCAGGCUAUCCAGGAUGCGCUGCGUCAGAAACUGGGUCCAGAAUAUAUCAGCAGUCGGCAAGCUGGAGGAGGACAGAAGGUCUGCUACAUCGAGGGUCACAGGGUAAUCAGUCUGGCUAAUGAAAUGUUUGGCUUCAAUGGCUGGGCUCAUUCUGUCACUCAGCAGAAUGUUGAUUUUGUUGAUCUCAACAAUGGCAGGUUCUACGUGGGAGUCUGUGCAUUUGUGAAAGUUCAGCUUAAGGAUGGCUCAUACCAUGAAGAUGUGGGGUACGGAGUGAGCGAAGGCCUAAAAUCUAAGGCCUUGUCCUUAGAAAAGGCAAGGAAGGAGGCAGUAACGGAUGGACUGAAGAGGGCACUCAAGUGCUUUGGGAAUGCACUUGGRAACUGCAUCCUAGACAAAGACUACCUGCGAGCUGUGAAUAAGCUUCCACGCCAGAUGCCAGCUGAGUUGGACUUGGUCAAAGCUAAAAGACAGGACUAUGAGCCCGAAAUAGAGAGAGCAAGAUACAGCAGCUGUUUGGAAAGGCAGAGCACAGGGUGGAGACAGCAGGAUGAGACAGCAUCUACCUGUAAACCUGGCCAGGUGGAGGCAUCCGCAGAUGCUGAAGAUCAAAAGCAGCCAAAUUGUGCCAGGUGCAGGACCAUGGACUCCUCGGCUGCUGAGUGUGAUGCCACUUACCAGCGGAAACUGCGGCAAAAGCGGCUGCAGCAGCAGUUCCGGGAGCAGAUGGAGAAAAAGCAGCAGGUUCUCAUAGCUCCAGACAGCAAACAGGCAACACCUGAUCCUCCUGUGAAGCACAGCACUCCAACAACAGCACCCCAGGAACUAGCAAUAGAGGAAGAAUUCUUUGCAGACGACCCCGAGCUUUGGGAUAUUUCCUUGGAGAGUGCUGACCUCAAGCCAGCGGCCCACAAAGUGGCCGGCCACUCAGCUGGCCUCCAGGCACCUGCAACGCCCCUGGGCGCCCACCACAUGACGACACGCAGCAGGACGCCCCAGAGAACCAGUGGGCACCAGCCUCCCGCCAGGCUCGCCCAGCUGCAGUCGUCUGCGAGCCUUGCCAGCCACAGCCACGGUGCCAGCUGGCCCGAGGCAGCAGCGUGCAGCCCCCGUAGAAGUCAAAGCCUGAAGAAACGGCGACUAGAACCUACCUAAGACAUCUGGUGGUGUCACUGCCUACACUCUCAACUGUACCAGGGCGCUGUGGUCGGCUGUUCAAGUUAUGUGUGUAAUARCACAUUAAUGGAUUUUCUUGUAUACGAUGAUGAUGAUGCAACACAGAAGAGCAUUAUACAACCUACUAUGAAGACCUUAAUGGACUUGGAGGUCAUUAAAAUAUUUCAAAUUCCUUUUUCURUAAACGAGCCAUCAUCAGUGCUUCUACAGCUCUAGCUUGGUGGCCGUGUUGCACAUGGAAGUUACAGUUAACUUGCCUGAAAGGACAGCCGGGUCCAUCCUCGGCACGAGGUGCAGGUCGCUCCUCUUUCUCCCUCAGCGUUGCCUUCCAGCAGAGAGGAGACCGUUUCUCCUCAGCAAAGGAGAGAUUUUUCCUCAGCAAAGCAGG